CGGGGGGGGGGUGGCGGGGCGGGAUGGGACGUCAGCGCGGCCGGAAGCUCCCCCGGGCGCCCCUGUUCGGAGCCGCCCCCCGGCCCAGGCCCGGGCUGCGCGCGCCGGCAGCAGCUCCGUGCUGGCAGCGCAUCCCGGGGCGGGCAGCGAUGAGGCGCUUGCUCUGGAGGAGGCCAGUGGCCACCAAGCCCCAGCGAUGCACCUCCAGCUCCUCCGCCAGCCGCCCGCAGCCGGAGAGCCCGAGCCAGGAGCCCGCCAAGGGCCAGCGGCGCGUGAACCCCCUCAACAUCCAGAUGCUGUCCAGGACCCUCCACGAGCAGAUCUUCCGGGGGGCCCAGGUCCACCACUCGGAGGCGGAGAUCCAGAGGAGCGUGGAGCACCUGCAGCGCCAUGACCUGUGGGGCAAGGAGACCUCCAUGCUGCCCGACGUGGACCUGCAGCUGCCCCACAUGUACGGGGAUAACAUCGAUGAGCACUUUCGCCUUCUGGCGCAGAAGCAGAGCUUGCCCUACCUGGAGGCGGCUCAUGAGCUGCUGCAGUGCACGCUGCCCCCCAUGCCCGCCCAGUGGGCCUGGCAGCUGGGCUGGACCCGCUACAGCCCCGACGGCCGGGCAGAAGCUGUUGACUUCCCCAAGGAGCGAGCGAUGGUGCUGGAUGUGGAGGUGUGCGUGGCUGAUGGCCACUGCCCGACGCUGGCCGUGGCGGUCUCACCGCAUGCCUGGUACUCAUGGUGCAGCAAGCGGCUGCUGGAGCAGCGGUAUUCCUGGUCCAGCCACCUCACCCUGGCCGACCUCAUUCCUCUGGAGAGCCCGGCAGGUGCUGGCUGUGCUGGCAAGCAGGACUGGCUGGAGAGAGUGGUGGUGGGACACAACGUGGCCUUCGAUCGGGCAUUCAUCAAGGAGCAGUACCUCAUCCAGGGCUCCCGGUUACGUUUCCUGGACACCAUGAGCAUGCACAUGGCCAUCUCGGGGCUGACGGGCUUCCAGCGCAGCCUCUGGAUGGCUGCCAAGCAUGGCAAGAGGAAGGGGCUGCAGGAGGUCAAGCAACACAUGAAGAAAACAUGCAGCAAGAUGGAGGGGCCAGCUAUUACUUCCUGGGACUGGGUGCACGUCAGCAGCAUCAACAACCUGGCAGACGUGCACGCGCUGUAUGUCGGGGGGGAGCCGCUGGAGAAGGAGGCGCGGCAGCUCUUUGUGAAGGGGACCAUGGCCGACGUCAGGAGUCACUUCCAGGACCUGAUGUCGUACUGUGCCCACGAUGUCCAGGCCACCCACGAGGUGUUUCAGGAGCAGCUGCCACUCUUCAUGGAGAGGUGUCCCCACCCUGUGACGUUUGCAGGGAUGCUGGAGAUGGGGGUGUCCUACCUGCCAGUUAAUGGGAACUGGAAGAGGUACCUGGAUGAUGCUCAGGGAAUCUAUGAGGAGCUGCAGAAGGAAAUGAAGAAGUCCCUGAUGAACCUGGCCAAUGAUGCCUGCCAGCUGCUACAUGAGGACAGGUACAAGGAUGACCCUUGGCUCUGGGAUCUUGAGUGGGACACGCAGGAGUUUAAGCAGAAGAAGAAUCCGAAGAAGACGAAGAAGAAGGAUCAGGAUGGGAACAGCAAAGCCCCCCUGGCAGCGACAGGCACAGAUGGGUCCACGCAGGAGUGGCAGGAAGAUCCUGGUCCCCCCAGCGAGGAUGAGGAGCUGAAAGCCCCAGCAAGCCAGGUCUGCUUGGAGCAUCUGAAGGAGACGGUCGCGCUGCAGCCCAAGAGACUCCAGCACCUGCCAGGCCAUCCGGGCUGGUACCGCAAGCUGUGCCCGCGCCUGGAGGAGGCGGGGUGGGUGCCAGGACCCAGCCUCAUCAGCCUGCAGAUGAGGGUGACCCCAAAGCUGAUGCGCCUGGCCUGGGAUGGCUUCCCCCUUCAUUACUCAGAGAAGCAUGGCUGGGGCUACCUGGUGCCAGGGCGGCAGGACAAUUUGCUGGCAGCCUCCUCGGAGACAGAGGGCUCCCCCUGCCCACACAGGGUGAUCGAGUACCUGUACAGGCAGCACUGCCUGGAGAAAGGCAAGGAGCAGCCCCCGGCGCCGGAGGCUGCUGUGGAGGACGAGCUGCUGGUGAUGGACAGCAGCACAAUGUGGCAGAAGGUGGAGGAGCUGGGCCAGCUGGAGGGGGACGUGGAGGACAAAAUAGGCAGAGCAGAGCCGAGCCUGGCACAGGGUGUUCCUGGCAUCACCUCGCAUGGCUGGUCACAAGAAGGGAUGGAGGAGCUGCCUAAGCUGCCAGAAGUGAGGAGCCAGCCCUCAUACCACCACGGCAAUGGUCCCUACAAUGAUGUCAACAUCCCUGGGUGCUGGUUCUUCAAGCUGCCCCACAAGGACGGGAACGAUAACAAUGUGGGAAGCCCUUUUGCCAAGGAUUUCCUGCCUCAGAUGGAGGAUGGCACCCUGCGGGCUGCCGUGGGCCGCACCCACGGGACCAGAGCCCUUGAGAUUAACAAAAUGAUCUCAUUUUGGAGGAAUGCUCACAAGCGGAUCAGUUCCCAGAUGGUGGUGUGGCUGAAGAAGGGGGAGCUGCCUCGUGUGGUGACCAGGCACCCUGACUACAAUGAGGAGGAUGAUUACGGAGCCAUCCUGCCGCAGGUGGUGACCGCAGGCACCAUCACCCGGCGGGCGGUGGAGCCCACAUGGCUGACGGCCAGCAACGCCCGGGCCGACCGGGUGGGCAGUGAGCUGAAAGCCAUGGUCCAGGUUCCACCCGGCUACUCCCUGGUGGGCGCGGAUGUGGAUUCCCAGGAGCUCUGGAUAGCUGCUGUCCUUGGCGAGGCGCACUUUGCUGGCAUGCACGGCUGUACGGCCUUCGGCUGGAUGACUCUGCAGGGGAAGAAGAGCAACGCGACAGACCUGCACAGCAAGACGGCCACCACGGUGGGCAUCAGCCGGGAGCACGCCAAAAUCUUCAACUACGGGCGCAUCUACGGGGCUGGGCAGCCCUUCGCUGAGCGGCUGCUGAUGCAGUUCAACCAUCGGCUGACACAGGAGCAGGCUCGUGAGAAGGCUCAGCGGAUGUAUGCGGUCACCAAGGGUGUCCGGAGGUUUCAUCUCUCUGAGGAGGGAGAGUGGCUGGUGAGGGAGCUGGGCCUGACUGUGGACAGGGCGGAGGAUGGAUCAGUGUCAGCCCAGGAUGUCCAGCAGCUCCAGAGAGAAGCCAUGAAAUGCUCCCGGAGGAAGAAGAAGUGGAACGUGGUGGAGCACCGUGUGUGGUCUGGAGGCACUGAGUCUGAGAUGUUCAACAAGCUGGAGAGCAUCGCCUUAUCCCCCUCCCCCCAGACACCGGUGCUGGGCUGCCACAUCAGCAGGGCCCUGGAGCCCGCCGUGGCCAAGGGGGAGUUUCUGACCAGCAGAGUGAACUGGGUGGUGCAGAGCUCGGCCGUUGACUAUCUGCACCUCAUGCUCGUUGCCAUGAAGUGGCUCUUCGAGGAGUUUGACAUCAAUGGGCGCUUCUGCAUCAGCAUCCACGAUGAGGUGCGCUACCUGGUCCAGCAGCAAGAUCGUUACCGGGCAGCCCUGGCCCUGCAGAUCACCAACCUCCUCACACGGUGCAUGUUCGCCUACAAACUCGGCCUCCAGGAUCUGCCGCAGUCGGUGGCUUUCUUCAGCGCAGUGGAUGUUGACCAGUGCUUAAGGAAAGAGGUGACCAUGAACUGCGUGACGCCAUCAAACCCAACCGGGAUGGAGAAGAAGUACGGCAUCCCCCAAGGAGAAGCUCUGGAUAUAUACCAGCUAAUUGAAAUAACCAAAGGUUCACUGGAGAAGAAAUAAUGACGCUAGAGUGCCAGAAUGACAAUUGUCCAGAUUGCGUGCCAGGGCCUGGCUGUCCUUUCAGAAGGUGAUAUUUUGGCAAGGGCUGAUCCCGGUCACUCCGUUUCCUUUUUGCUGUAAGAAGGGAUGUUGGUGGGGAAGAUUUUGAUAGCAGCACCUUCGAAGAGCAGAGGUGCUUCCGAGGGCAGCAGCCAGCUGUAAAAUCCAAGACGGGGCCAGAAGCGCUGCUUGCACACCCGUGGGCACAAAGGAGGAAGCCAUACGAGUACUUGGCAAGAGAAACAACCAGCCAUCAGCUCUGUACACGCAGUUGUCCCAAGACCAAGGCGAGUCUGCCACAGGCGCUGUGGGAGGAGGCGGCAGCAGCAACCCCAGCUUUACUUUUUUCGCUGUCUCUUCUUUUUGGGUUCCUGGUUCUCAUCUGUCUGCUCCGCUGUGCUGCUCUGGAGGGGGUGGGAGACAGCAGCAGUACACGGUGUGAUUGGUUUUGUGUGAUUAGUCUAAGCAAUGUUUACGUAAAGCAAGAAACCAGAUGUACAGAACAGGAUUUGACUCUUUUCCUCCUUAACAAAAUGACCUGACUAUGCAACUCAUCUCACCCACUGAGACUUUCCCUGUAGAACCCCCACCCCACCCCAAUUAAUACUGGAACUUAAGACCACAGAUUAUCAAUGGCACAGGAGAGGGACCGUUUGUGCUGGGGUUUGGGUUGUUGAAACACUCAGGAAAAUAUGGACAGAAGCACCAAUAAAAACCUGGACAAUCA